UAGUCUCAAUCUGUGUCAAUUGCCGGACUAAAAGAAAGGCCCGCGCAUCUUGCUCGCACUGUGGUGUUUUCAACGUGCAUGGAACCCCUAAUUUGACCAUCCAUUGGAUUAUUUAUCUUUUUUUUUAAUCGCCGUUGUCGUUCACAGUAGGCUAGCACUGAAGCGUGUUUUAACGGCGUCAUGACAGGUGUUUAAAAAGGUGGCGAGAGCUUGUCUCCAUGCAGAAGAUGCCCAAGCAAGGCUUUUGUCUUUGCUAUCGUCCCGUUUAAACGGUGAGCUGUUUUGAAAAGGAGCAACGCGAAUGCAACCGAAGCCAGAAUGAAGUGCAGGAUAAUCCCAAAUCAUUAGUCAUAAUUAAUCCUCAUGCUAAUUGGCGAAGGGCUGCAGCGCUCCGUGACGUUCUGCAGGAAAUAAACAGAUCGGGGUUCAAGAUACGACCAAGAGACAGAUUUAACAUUUAAAGAUGGUGUUUCGGAGUGAGGAGAUGUGUUUGGCCCAGCUGUUCCUGCAGUCCGGGUCGGAAUAUGACUGCAUCAGUGAACUCGGCGAACUGGGCUUGGUCGAGUUUCGAGAUCUCAAUCCAAGUGUCAGCUCAUUCCAGCGCCGCUUUGUCAGCGAGAUUAAGAGAUGUGAGGAGAUGGAGAGGAUCCUAGGUUACCUUCUGAGGGAGAUCCAGAAGGCUCAUAUAGCUAUACCUGAGGAGGAUGAGAGCCCACUUGCUCCUCCACCCAGACAAGUGCUGGAGAUCAUGGAGCAGCUCCAGAGGCUGGAGAUGGAGCUCAGCGAGGUAGCAAGGAACAAAGAGAAGCUGCAGAGGAACCUCCUGGAGCUCAUCGAGUACACGCACAUGCUGAAGAUCACACGCACCUUCAUACACAGCCGCUCAAGACAUGAGGCUCUUGGUCCCCAGUAUGAAGAGUUCCCCACCAUGGAGACGGACUCGGUGACGGGGUGCACCGGUAUGCAAAGACUUGGAGCCAAGCUUGGAUUUAUUUCGGGUCUAAUCCAGCGGGUCAAAGUUGAGGCCUUCGAGCGCAUGUUGUGGAGGGUGUGUAAGGGCUACACAAUCCUCAGCUACACAGAAGUAGACGAGAACCUCGCUGAUCUCGAUACGGGUGAGAUAAGCAAGAAUGUCGUCUUCUUAAUCUCAUUCUGGGGAGACCAGAUUGGCCAGAAAGUUCAGAAAAUCUGCGAUUGUUACCAUUGCCACCUUUAUCCCCACCCCGAGAAUGACGAGGAGCGGGCGGACAUGUUGGACAGCUUAAGGACGCGCAUUCAAGACCUCAACAAUGUUCUUCAUCGCACCGAGGACUACCUGAAGCAGGUCCUGCAGAAGGCCUCAGAGUCGGCGUAUAGUUGGGUCGUGCAGGUGAAAAAGAUGAAGGCCAUCUACCACAUCCUCAACCUCUGCAGCUUUGAUGUCACCAACAAAUGUUUGAUCGCUGAAGUGUGGUGUCCUGUCAGUGACCUGGCCAACCUGCGGAGGGCGCUAGAAGACGGCUCGAGAAAAGGUGACGCAACCGUUCCAUCGUUUGUGAACCGCAUCCCGACUGCUGACACCCCUCCCACUCUAGUCAGAACCAACAAGUUCACAUCAGGAUUUCAGAGCAUUGUGGAGGCCUACGGGGUGGGGGAUUAUCGCGAGGUGAGCCCAGCACCUUACACCAUCAUCACCUUCCCCUUCCUGUUCGCUGUCAUGUUCGGGGACCUCGGCCACGGCAUGGUCAUGAGCCUCUUCGCACUCUGGAUGGUGCUGACGGAAAAGAAGCAGACGAGGAAACGUUCCAGUAACGAGAUAUGGGCGACCUUCUUCAACGGGCGUUACAUCAUCCUCAUGAUGGGGCUCUUCUCCAUCUACACUGGCCUCAUUUACAACGAUUGCUUCUCCAAAUCGCUCAACAUUUUCGGCUCGGGCUGGAGCGUCAAGGCAAUGUUCACCAGUCAGCGUUGGACGAACAAAACUCUUCAAACAAAUGCUUUGCUCACGUUAGACCCCAACGUCAGCGGAGUGUUCGCUGGCCCAUACCCCUUUGGCAUCGAUCCUAUAUGGAGCAUGGCAGUCAACCGGCUGUCCUUCCUCAACUCGUACAAAAUGAAGAUGUCAGUGGUCAUCGGUGUCAUCCACAUGAGCUUCGGUGUUGUUCUGAGCGUCUUCAAUCACCUGCACUUCCAACAGAAAUACGACGUUUAUCUGCUCUUCCUGCCCGAGCUGCUCUUCCUGCUCUGUCUCUUCGGCUAUCUGGUCUUCAUGAUACUCUACAAGUGGCUAGCCUUCAGUGCGCGGGACUCCAGCCACGCUCCCAGCAUCCUCAUCCACUUCAUCAACAUGUUCGUCAUGCAGGGCAAGGACAUCACUCCUCUGUACCCGGGACAGACGGGUCUACAAAUGUUCCUUCUCGUGGUCGCCCUGCUGUGUGCUCCCGUCUUGCUUUUAGGGAAGCCUGUUUUCAUGUACUGGAUGCAUCGUGGAGGCAAAGGCCUGCGCAGGCGCAGAGGCUAUGAGAGGGUGAGGCGCGCUAGCGAGGAUGACAGUUCAGCAGCGCCGUCCUAUGAGGAUGAUGAGGAAGAGGGGCUUGAUGAGAUGACCCACAGAGAUGCUCAGACGGCCAAAGAGUUUGACUUUGCGGACGUGCUCCUGCACCAGGCCAUCCACACCAUCGAGUAUUGCCUGGGCUGCAUCUCCAACACGGCGUCCUACCUGCGACUCUGGGCUCUCAGCUUGGCGCAUGCGCAGCUGUCAGAGGUACUGUGGGACAUGGUGAUGCGACUUGGCCUCAAGAUCACAACGAGAGUCGGCGUGGUGUUUUUAGUGCCCAUGUUUGGCGCCUUUGCGCUACUCACUGUGUCCAUCCUGCUGGUCAUGGAAGGUUUGUCGGCGUUCCUCCACGCUCUCCGCCUCCACUGGGUGGAGUUUCAGAACAAAUUCUACCACGGCACAGGCAUCAAGUUUGUACCCUUUGACUUCUCCCUCUUGCCAUCGGUUUUUGAGCAAGACGGCCUCCUCUGAAGUGUCGAAUACCGGCAGACGCCACGGCCUUUUAACUGGGAAGGAUGCUGCAUACUGGGGACAAUUCUCACCUUGAAGCCUCAAGACGAUGAGAAGUCACUCUCGUAGCAAAGUGUUGUUGUUUUUUUCGACCAUUUUGAAAAUACAAAAAGCAAAUCUUAUCUGCUGUGCUUACUACCUUACUUCUCCAGCCAGCAGACCUCUCUGUGUGCACAUCUGUCGAUGAUUUAACACUGCAGUUCGAGGCACACGGGUGAGUUAACUUGCAUUGUGCUGCGUAAACUAGUUACACUGUAUUAGAACCGACUGCCACAUAGCACAAUGUAAAGUUAGCAAAGUAUCCUGACAUAGUGCCAUAAAGAUUUACUUCUCCAAUUCUCUGUCAAAAAUGGCAAAAAAGCACUUUUCAGAAAUGAUUGUAUAAAGGGUCUCCUUGUGUAUGAUUGUGAUGAUGCCAAAAUUCCAAUAAUUAGUUAGCCGUUUGCUUAUUAUUAUGGAAAUUCAUUUAUUUAAGUGUAACUCUGCCCCUAUAUUCUGCAGACCCAUAGCUGCCACUGCUUAUUGUAUUUGUUAUGAUUAAUCAUGCUAUUUAUUUUUUAAAAACAACUCUCUGUACAAGAGUCCAAUAUUUUACCAUUUUGAUGUGUUGAAUAAAGCCUUCGCAAGCAAAUACAGAACGUGUUUUAAUUUAUUAUUAUAGUGCUCUUGCGUUUUUACAUGUGACAUUUAGCUCCUGCUGCGUGGUGGCCUAGUGUUUAUCACAUCUUCACAGUCGGGAGAUCUGGGUUUCUUGUGUCUAUCUUGUGUGGAGUUUGCAUGUUCUCAUGCGUGGGUUCUCUCCAGAUACUUCCUCUCAUAUUCCCAAAACGAUGCAUGUUAGGCAGAUUGGAGACUCUAAAUUGUAGGCUUGAAAGUGAGUGUGAAUAGUUGUUUGUUCUAUUUGUGUCCUGUCAUUGAAUAGUGACCAGUUCAGGUCUCACCCAAAGUCUGCUAGGAUAGGCACAGUGGUUAGCAUGUUGGCUACACAGUCAGGAGAUCUGGAAGAUGUGGGUUCAAAUCUCCGUUUGGGCAUCUCUGUGUGGAAUUUGCAUGUUCUCCCCGUGCAUGGGUUUUCUCCGGGUACUGUGCUUUCCUCCAAUUCC